GCGUCAGUGUGUCUUUUGUCCACAACAGAGAGCGGUGCAUUGCACAGCACACAGAUAUCUGGAGGAUUUGAGAUCUGAAAGUCUGGUCAUAAAGAAAGUUUCUCGUCUGGUUCGUCAUUUUUGGAGAUGUUUGCCACAGCCACCAGGAACUUUGUGGAGGAGGUGGAUCAUGGAGGUCAGCUGAUCCCGGUGUCCAGCCUGAAUGACACUAUAGCUGUUCUGACAGUGGUGGUGAAGCGCAAGAGUUUCUGGCGCUGGCAGAAGCCCAAGUACAUUCCCACUGAUUUUAACCUCAAUGAUAUACUGACAGGAGACACACCUAUAACGCCAGGUGUCACAGAGGCAGACUUCAUCACAUAUAAUGGGAAGUAUGGGGGCAACAUUCAAGGAAAGGUGGGCGCAAAUUUUCCCCAUUCCAAUUUGAGCCUGGAGGGUAAAGACUCGUCCACACUCCAGUCGUCCUUUGGCAGUUUGAAGAAAGAGGAAGUGGAUGUGCAGAAGCUGCUGCGAGACUCCAAAGACAGGGUCCUGGACAUGUCCCAUAGUCUGGUCCAGCAGACAAAAGAGAAACACAGACAGUCGUUUGGGAUUGUGAAGGAGCGUAUUGUGAACACUCAGCCCUGCUCGGUCAUAGAGGAGGUGCAGCAGGGAGGACAGUGUGGAGGAGGACUGAGCCUCUGCGGGCCUAAGAUCUCAAAGUUUUCACUGAAGGAGAAUGCAAGCUUGAGUAAAGACAGUGACAUUACCAUGGAGAUUCCCAUCCACACCACCCUCGCCUAUGCCCUUCUAGAGCUAGAAAUCAAACACAAUGGACACUAUGAGCUGUGUCUGAUGGCCGACACCUCUGGAGGUUUUGAAGUAGAUGGCCAUGCUGGGAAAACGCAGUUCGGUGUCUCAGGAUCUCCUCCAGAUGCCUCUGAAAAUAGCCACCUUAGACAAGAGCUGGAGCGACUGAAGGAUCAUUUCCAGCUGCUUUCUGCUCUUCCUGUGACCACAAAGUCCUCUUUGCUCCAGCAUUUUGCAAAGGUUGUAGAGGACAAAGAGGCUGUCACUUCACUUCAGAGUGUCCUGGACCAGAUGUACCUAAAAAAGAUUCCUGCCCUUGGAAAUGUUACAACAACAGAGUCUCAAAAACAGAACAUCCAAGCCAUUCUGGACCUUUUGGAGCAGUCUGGUCAGGUUGAGUCAGUGCUCAUAGCCCUUCACCUCAUUGUCAGCGCUAUGGAUGAGAUGACAGAUGAUUGCCUUGCUGUCUUGGGGAUGUGCUGCAGCCUCCCAGUUUUAGAGGCUCUGGAGCUGCUGGUGCAGUGUGUAUCAGGGAAAGGAGAGAUGCCUCUGAGCAGCGCAGGCCUGACAGAAGACAUCUAUGAAAAGGCCGAAUAUCUGUUUGCCUCCUCUAAUGUGUCCCUGAAAAGAGACGGAGACGCGAUAAAGACAGAAAUAAACCACCAGCUGGGGAACCUUCCUCUGAUCUUGUGUAUUGCUGUUAGAGGUCUCGCCUCAUUGGCCCACUGUGUUUGAACACUACCUGAGAUUGUCAUUCUCAUUGGAUGCUGGUGGGAUAGAAUAGGGGCACCUAUUCGCAGUAUUAAAUUUGGUUUUGGAGAUAAAUGUAUCAGAUUGGUGAAAUUACACGUCACCACAAGAAGCUACUGUAGUGUUCAAACAAAUAGUGGAUGUUCUAAAUAAUUGGUCCUAUAAUGUAGGACACAUGAAGACAGCCCUUAAUCUUCCCCUCUCUUUGCUUUUGCUAUUGAACCACUGGCCAUCUCAUUAAGAUCCUCUACAUCCUUUAAAGAUGUAUUUAUAACUGUUAAAUAUCUUUUAGUACUGUAAUGCAGAUUAUAUGGAUCCGGAUAUUGUCAGUCCUUUUUCAGGAUAUAAACUAAAAAGAUUCACUCAAUAAUGUUGAGGCCAAAAGUGAGAUGGAUUAAUGUUGGUAAAAUAAAUAUGUUGCCAGAUUUUUUUUUCUGUUUUAGUUAUACCCUUUUUUUCCCCCCUUUUUAAACUUCCAUUCAUACAAUAAGUGUUUGGUUUGAUUUUCCUUGUUUAGCUUGGUGCACACUGGAAGCCUACUGUUGCUGUCCUUCAUCCUUCACAACAGCUCAAAAUGAAAUGAAAUGUAGUUAGAGGACAUGCUGAUAACUUUCACAAAUGCCAACCUGUUUUUUUAUCAUACUUUACAGACUUGUAGGUCUUGCUGAACUCAGGGUUGGUUUGUAAAAAAAACUGUGUUUUGUGUAUAUGCACUGAAGAUGCCUCAAUAUCCACCAGAAACAGGGGACCACAUAGUGUUAUUAAUCUGUGUUUUUUUUACUCUUGUUGGUGUAGUGCCCUCUAAAGCACUAUUGCAUUUUACUGUUGCCAAUCAAAAGACAAUCGUCAGUCAAAUCAUCACAAAUGUUGACAGUUAGUUUAGAUUUUGGUUUGUGUGGUGCAGACCAAGCGUUUUGUGCACAAUCUUUAAUGUAGAACUUACAUGUCAGCAUCAAUAUAUACACUAAUUUGAAGAUAAUAUUCAUUAAGGAAAGGGGUUCAGUGACAGACCCUGGUUCUUAAAUUUGCUUUCAAGUGAUACCCUUAUAGAAUUGUCUCUUUUGUUUCAAAACCACUCACAUUGUAAAACAAAUGAUUUCAUGUGGGGUCUGCUGUCACGUCUCGACCACCCCAGUGGGAUAGACCUUGUACUUCACAUUCUUUGUGGCUUUCGAUUGUGUGUAAUAACUUUUCACCCUAUUUUAUUUUCCUGUUAAAUAUUGUUGUAUAUAAUAUUUACUAGUUUUGAAUAUUGGCACAUAUAUCAAAAGCAUUGUCCUAAGAGAUUAUUCUCUGAAGCUGUUUUUAAUGUUUCAACUACAAACCUCACCCUCAUGCAGUUUGAUUGCACACAUCUUUAUGAAUUUUAAUCUGCCUUUAAUUGUGGAGAAUUAUUUUAGGCCUUAAAUUGGGAAUCUGUCAAGGAACAACGUUAAUAAUAAUAAUAAUGCCAAUGUUUAAACUUGCUACCUUUUAUCUGUAUAUUUUUUGUAUGUUUCUCUAUUGUGCAAAAUUAAAAACAAAUGACUUCAGACUG